GGCCUCUUGAUCUCUCGCCGGGUUCAUGGCAUUGCUAUUUGGAUUGUGAUCGGAACCCCCAUGGAGGGCAACAAGUAGGAGCAGAGAAGUGGGACAGACGGAAGAAGGAGAUGGAGACGAUGAGUGUUUUCUGUUUCCUCCUGGUUCUGUGCUUUCUCCCAUGUGUGGACAACAACCUCAUCAUUGCCAACAUGUUUGAAGCUAGAGGUCAACGUGUGUGCAGGGUGGGCAAAGGAAGACCCUGCUACAAACUAGCAUACUUCUCAGAACCAAGGCGCCGGCUAAACUUCCAAGAGGCGGAGCUAGCGUGUCGACGUGACGGAGGGGUGCUGCUGAGUGUGGAAUCCGCCUCCGAGCAGCGAAUCAUAGAACAGCUCAUUACAGAGCUCCGCCCCUCUGAUGGGGAUUUCUGGAUUGGCUUGCGCCGCAACCAUGGAGACCAGGAUAGCAACGAAGACUGCCCCUCACAGUAUUACUGGCUGGAUGGCAGCAAGGCUACCUUCAGGAAGUGGCACUGGGAUGAGCCAUCGUGUGGGUACGAGGUGUGUGUAGUGAUGUACCACCAGCCGUCCGCUCCCCCUGGUCAAGGUGGGCUGUACAUGUUCCAGUGGAACGAUGACAACUGUGAAACCAAGAACAACUUCAUUUGCAAGUAUACCACAGAAAGGCCUCCAGACCCCUCCCCUUCAGAAAACUCCUCCUACACAUUCUCCGAGACCCCUCCCACAUCUCUGUUUCCAUGGAAUCCAAAUAGCCAUGGAGAGGAGCAGAGUCCAGGCCUGAACUUGGUGUACAUUUUCCUUCCCAUAAUUCCCUUAUUGUUACUUUUGUUGAUGGUGUUCGGAGUGUUCUGCUGCAAGCUGCUGGCCUGCAGACCGAAGCACAAGCCCCAGCCAGAGGAGUGUCAGACUGACGCUGGGUUUUGUCCCAGCCCCGUCCCCAGCGACGUCUACAAGGUGAUUCGCUCCCAGGAAGAGGCUGACCUAUCGGGAAGCCGCCCGCACACCAAGAACACGUCCUUCCUGGGCUCCUCCCCCGACACGCCCCCUGGUGACUAUGACAACCUGGGGGGACGCGACACGGAGAGUGGCUUCGUGACCCUGGCCAGCACCGAGAGCUGCUCUAUGAACUACGAGCUCAACGACCUCAGCCUGGGCCGCCGUGGCAACCGCGAACCCUACGAAACCAGCCUGCGUCGCCAAGGUAGCCGCGACUCGUACGACGCCAGUCUGAGUCGCUACGGUAACCGGGAGUCGUACGACAGGAGCCUGGUUCGACGUGUGGGGAGGAGUGAACUUUAUGGAGCCGGUUCCUAUGGAGACCGGGAGAUGUAUGAAGGUAGUAUGGGUGGUAGGAGUGAGUUCUAUGAUGGUGGUCUGGGGCCUGGUGGUCUGGGUCAUGGGGAAGUGGGGUCUGGUGUUCUGGGGCAUGGUGGUCUGGGGCAUGGUGGUCUGGGGCAUGGGGAUAUGGGGCUUGGCAGUCUCUGUCCUGGGGAUAUGGGUCCUGGUGGUCUGGGUCCUGGUGGUCUGGGUCCUGGUAGUCUGGGGAAUGGUACUCUGGGGAAUGGUGGUCUAGGGAAUGGUGGUCUGGGGAAUGGUGGUCUGGGGAAUGGUGGUCUGGGGAAUGGUAGUUUGGUGCAUGGUGCUCUGGGACCUGGUGGUCUGGGGCCUGGGGCUCUAGCAUUGAAGAGUGACCUCUACCAGACAUACCUGAUCAACGGAAGGGACGACUUGUACCAAACCAGCCUGUGUCGCUAUGGCAGCAACAGGAAAUCCUACGACACCAGUGUGAGUUACUAUGGAAACGAGCCCAACCUGAGUGGUGGGAAGCGCUACUUCCGGGAGGCUGAAUGGGUAGACAGCGACAGCUAUUGA